GCGGAAGUCGGGCGGUUGUCGGAUUCUAGCGGAAGGGCCUCCGUUACGUUGGAGGGCUGGAGUGGUCUGGAGUUCCGCGGCGUAGCUGGCUAGAGACCACCUCUCCUGUGGCCUCCAGUGCCUCGCGGGCGGGGUUCAGCCCAAGCUGGAUAGAGACAGCCCUUCGCGGAUUUAAACAACCUAAACAUUAAGCAGUACAGCUGCCUCAAAUCUCUGGGAAUUUCAGAAUGACUGACACUGCCGGAGCUGCUCCAAACUUUGAAGAGAUGUUUUCUAGUAGAUUCACAGAAGAUGACAAGGAAUAUCAGGAAUACCUAAAACGCCCUCCUGAGUCUCCUCCAAUUGUUGAGGAAUGGAAUAGCAGAGCUGGUGGGAACCAAAGAAACAGAGGCAGCCGAUUGCAAGAUAACAGACAGUUCAGAGGCAGGGACGGCAGAUGGGGGUGGCCAAGUGACAAUCGAUCCAAUCAGUGGCAUGGCCGAUCCUGGGGUAACAAUUACCCGCAACACAGACAAGAACCUUACUAUCCCCACCAAUACGGACAUUAUGGUUACAACCAGCGGCCUCCUUACGGUUACUACUGAUAAAAAUGUUGGCAGCUUUUAGUAAAAGCAUUUACUCUGUUGCCAUGACAAAAGUUUGGGUGACUUCUGUUGGUCAUAGUUAUACAUCUGAUUUUAGAGAACGCAUUAUUUUUUGGAAGUUAAGACUUAAAAAAAAAAAUAGAUCUUACUUGCGAGAUGUGAUGGUUGCUGGUAAUACCUGAAAUUGUGGAUUAUAUUGCUUGACUUCUACCUCAGAGUCUUCCUUGUUUGACGACGUAAUAGUGCUUUGAGUUUGUUAUAUUUUCUUAUUUGACCUCUAGGAGACCUUUGUUUUACACAGAAAUAAAAAUUUUAAAAUAGAAAAUGCUUGCUUUUACUUUGUAAGGUAAGAGAGUAUCCAUAUACUUAGAUUUGCUCGUUUCUAAAAUUCUAGAAUUUAAUACAAAAUCAGCUCAUGAAUGCACAGCUAUGCUUCUUGUGAAAGACUGUACAUAUGUACAUAACAUCAGCAGUUGAAAGAUAAAACAAUUGCUUUUUUUUUUUUUUUUUUUUUUUUGCUUUUGUUACGUGACUGUGGUACUUUGUGAUUCCUUACUCUAUAGAUAAUGAGUCAGCUCCACAUUUAUUUGGGAGUCUUUAGAGGGGAAUCAGUAAUAAAGCUGUAAAAUAAGGAAGGAA